AAUAGCUCAGUUGAGAAAGAAAGUUUGAAAAUGAAUUAUUUCAGUAUUGAAAUUAAAUAUGUGUUGAAUUAAUAUAAUUAAUCGAUAACUGCUGUUCAAUUUUUAUUAUUAAUGCUUUCAGAGGUGCGAAAAUCGUAAUUACAUAUGCAGGAAAAUCCACAGAAUCGUUGUCACAUUAGAUAUUUUUUGUCCAUAUCUAGGACGUCACUAACAAUCACAACGAUUACGUGACAAUUAUCUCGAUGUAAUCUUAUUUAACGUUUUGUAAUUUUUCAUUUUUUUACUAGUACUCAAUUGUGUUUUUUUUUUGUUCGGUUUAAUAUAGUUCUGAAUGCUAUCUGAUGAACUCAAAAUAGUUUUAUGUAAAAGAAUUAAAUUUCAAAACAUAAUCCGUAAAUUAUGGAUUUUACUAAAAUUCUUGAACAUUUAGGACAUUUUGGAUUUUUUCAAGCAUUUGUGUAUAUUUUAGCAUGUAUUGUACAGCUUUUCGUUGGCUCACAUAUGUUGGCUAAUGUAUUCCUCAUGGGGGAACCGAAACACAGGUGCUAUGUGCCUCAUUGUGAUAAUAAUCAAACUCAAUACCUGGAAAAUUUUGUUCAGUUUGCUAUUCCUAACAUCACAGAUGAACAGGGUUCAUCCCCUAAUCCCUGUGAGCGUUAUGAAAUUAUUACAGGAGAGGACUAUUGUGGACCGCAUGCAUUCAAUGUUAAUAAAACUGUUUCAUGUGAUCAGUUUGUUUGGGACCAUUCAGAAUAUGAAAAUACUGCUUUGUCAGAAUUUAAUAUAGUUUGUAAGAAAAGUUGGAAUGGAGCUGCUUCAAGCUCAGUUUUUAUGUUUGGUGUUCUCUUUGGAUCUGCAAGUUUUGGAACAUUUGCAGAUAAAUUUGGACGAAAAAAUGUUAUGAUGUCAGCUUCUUUAGUAAUGCUGAUUUCAUCCAUUGGAACAGCCUUUGCACCAAGUUUUGGAAUCUUUUCUUUUCUUCGUUUCAUAACUGCUGCUGCUGUUAGUGGUCUUUUUCAAACUGGAUACAUAUUAGCUGUUGAAUACAUAGGUACAUCAAAACGUCUUAUCUGUGCAAAUAUCAUGCAAAUUGUAUUUGCAAUAGGUGAACUAAUUUUAAGUCUUGUUGCUUAUUUUGUAAGAAAAUGGAGAUAUUUAGAGCUAGCAAUUUCAAUUCCAGCUGCGAUUUUGCUUGUUUAUUAUUGGUUGUUACCCGAGUCUGUAAGAUGGCUGAUUUCAAAAGGUAAACACAGUAAGGCUAAAAAGACUGUAUUAAAAGCUGCAAAAUGGAACAAUGCUACCAUUCCUGAACAUUUAUUGAGAGCGGCUGAAUAUACAAAUAUAGAUCCAGAAAUGGAUCAACGUCAGCAAUCUGCAGGUCCUUUAAGUUUAGUCAGAACACCUCAAAUACGAAAAUGGAGCUUAAAUAUAUUUUUUAAUUGGAUUGUCAAUGCCAUGGUUUACUAUGGUCUGUCUUUGAGUACUGGACACUUGAGUGGAAAUGUUUAUGGAAAUUUUGCCAUAUUAGCUGCUGUUGAAAUACCAGCUGUUCUACUAGCAACUUGGGCCUUAUAUUAUUGUGGAAGAAGAUAUGUAUUAUGUGCAGUAAUGGUUUUUGGGGGCCUUUCAUGUGGAGCAACUGUUUUUGUUCCUCAAUAUCUUGCUUGGGUGUCGACUCUUCUUGCUGUUCUGGGUAAAAGUGCAAUUGCAGCAUCCUUUGCCAUAAUCUACAUAUACUCAGCAGAGAUCUAUCCUACAGUUCUGCGAAGCACUGGUAUUGGUUUUAGCAGCAUGUUUGCUCGUUUAGGUGGAAUGAUAGCACCUAUUAUCAAUGAGCUAAGGAAAGUCUACAGGCCAUUACCUAUGAUUAUAUUUGCAAUUGCAUCUAUUUCUUCUGGUCUUCUCGCAUUAGCACUGCCAGAAACACACAACAGACAGCUACCUGAAAGCAUUGAAGAAGCUGAAAGCUUUGGAUCUCCUAGAGAUGCUGGGUUUGAAAGAAUGUUACAUAGACCACGAAAUUUACCAACUAUUGGCAGCAUAUCUCCAAGAGCUCUUAGAAGAAAUGUGGAAGAAACAAGGAGAUUGUUAGAUGAUUGCUGAAAAUUCUUUAUAAUAUGAAAAUAUUUCUGUGAUAUUGCCUUGUCCCACCUUGUUGUGUGGUUGUGAAUUUUUUUCAUAUUGAUGAAUGAAAGUGGCAAAAAACAGCAUAGAUAAUAUGCUUUUAUUCUUCAGAAGUUAAUAUUCAUUUUUCUUUUUGAAAGUAAAUUGCUGAGUAAUCUGCAUUGUUUUUACAAGCAUGAAAUGUACUUGGCUAGAUUUGCUAGUCACAUCAGAUUUAUAUUUAGUAUCGUUGUAGUUAAUUUUAUUUUCAGCUAACCCAGAAAUGUGUAUUAUUUUAUUUAUUGUAUGUUUUAUUUCAUAUUCAUUAAUAACACAUUAUUUACAUAAAUAAUAAUUUUAAAUGGUUAUGUAGGUACUACAUAAUGAAGGGUUAAUUAGAAGGGUUAUUAAAAAAAAGAGAUUCAGGACAAAGUUUGAUUUCCUAAAUUUCUUUAUCCCAGUGGUAAUAAUUCACUUCAUAAAUUUAGCAUAGAAAUGUAAAAAUUGUUUUCAAAACUAAUUAUCGUAAGUUCUUGAAAUUUUAACCAUGUCUAAAAAAAAUAGUUUGUGGAAAUAGCAGAUUAUUAUUUAUGAUUUAUUAAGAUAUAUGUAGCAUGAAAUGCUGUGAAGAAAUAUGUUAUCUAUUUUUAUUGAGUGUAUAUUAGCUUUAAAACUGAAAUUAAAAUCAUUUUAAAAGACGUCCUGUUGAUUACAUUCUGAUCAUUUGGUGAUUUUUUUUAUCUAUUACCAAGUAGACAUUUUGAAAAUAAAUGUUUACUCAAAUAUGAUUACUUUUUAUUUACACUUGGAAAUAUCAAUUAAAGCAUUGAAUCAUUUGAACUAUUUGCUUUCGUUCAAAUUUUUGUUUAUGUAAUUUAAAUUUCAGUUCCACCUUCGGUAGUGAGUACUAAAUUAGAUUUAUGAACUUCUUCAUUGUUUGAACAUUGAUUUGUAAACUUUGACUUCAUUUUGUUUUUACUUUCAAUUGAGAUUUGGCUCAAGUUUGCUUUUUCAAAAAAAGUAAAUGAAUAAAUAAAAUAAGAAAUAAAUAAAAAGAUUUUUAUUUAACUAUUGCUGUAAAGAA